GCGUGAGAGCGCGGCGCGCGGGGAGGAGAGGAUAUGGGGGGGUGAGGAUCUGACUGUAGAGCUGUCUGAACGCCUGGAUUUAUUCAUAAUAUAAUAAUAAACACAGAAGAAGGAGCUAGACUUAUUAGAGAGAACCAAAAACACCGGGAUAUUAUUUACCUAGAAAUUAAAAUCCGGGUCAAACUCCUUACCGGAGGAAAACACGGGACUUCCGGAAAGUAACUCUAACCUGUGUGAAACGGAGCGGACUGCGACAUUUCUCCCAUAUGCUACCCUGACACUCCUGCACCAUGUCGGGCACUGGCAGAGGCUCAGAGAGGUGGGAGAAUCUCUCCAUGCGGAGCAGCAGCAUCAACAGCAGGCCGUACCAGGAGCGCUGUGUGGACCCGGUCGACCCAGAGAUCCACCUCCCUGUAGCGUUUAAAAAGACCUACCACAAGGACGCUAAUGGCAAUGCCACCAUGCCAGAGGCAGCUGUUUUUCUGUCUGAAAAAGCAGAACCUGCAUCAGGUGCCUCCACCUGUUCUCCCUGUGCCUCCAUGAGCAGCUGCAGGACGUUCAUGUGUAGUGUGCUGACAUGUGGACUGUACAGGGUGUGCAGGCAAAUGCCAUGUCUGCUGCCUGCGGAGAAUUCAGGGGACAUUGCGGAACCUGUGACCGCCACGCCGGACAAGAAUGGUUUCUAUUCAGACCUUCGUAUCGGUGGGAUUAAAGUGGACACCUCAGUUAUUGAGGAGGGGCAGGAGCAGGUCUCAUUCAGCCCCUCUAAGUCUGAUCUGGACAGUCCGACUUAUCCCAGCGGCAGCAUGGAUUUCAGCACUCUACUGGACGAAGGCCUGGACGAGGACGUGGACUCGCUGAUCACCCGGAAGCUCCUGGAGGUCUUCUCAGAGUUUGAAAUCAACGAGCUGGCAAAGUGUACCUCAGACUCCAUGUUUCUGAAGCGCUCGCAGGAGAUCAGCCAGCUCAUCUCCGACAUUGUCCAGGAGCACAACAUUAAGGAGCAGGAGGCAGAGUGUCGACUCGUCCGAGAGAUCAUUCGCAUCAGCACACGCAAGAGCAAGAAGAAGCUCCCCUUCAGACCUCAGGAGCCACAAAGAGACAGUGGCAAUGAUACCUGGAGGAGCAGCAGGAAGAGCAACAAGAAGAGCAGCUUCAACUCAGUCAGUGACGGCAGUCUGAAAAUUUCGGUAGAGAGAUCAGAUGACAUAGAAGCCAGAAAGCUGCGGAACAACAGCAACCAAUCAUACUCUCCAAGCUCCCCUGUGCCUUACUCACCAAGCUUCCUGGGCUCACUGUCGCCCGUCACGUCAAAUACUCCUCUGCUAACUCACAGUGUGAGAGCGUGAUCCGGACCCUUUAAACAGCCCUCGCUGCAGCUUUCUGACGAUCUAAUGAAGUAACUUUAGAAAAGUGAGAAUAGGAUGAGUAUUAGACUUGUGUAACUAUUGUCAGGUUUUAAGAUGGACGUUUGAAGACAUUUACAGUAAUUAUGUAUGCUUGUACAUACAGCAGUGCUUUUAGUGCCACUCUAAACUGGUUCACUUUUACUGUUUUUAUUUUAUUAGUUGCAAGAGAAAAUAUUGCUGCUUUUUUUUUUCUUCAAAUUGAGGAUACGUGUGUCUGUUCAAUCUCCUGCUGAUAAAAGAAGAGGAUACAAAUGCCAACUAGUUGGAGAAUUCAUGAUGUGCUACAGUCCUGCUCACCAUUAUUGGCACCCCUUCCUAAUUUGCAUAACCUGACAAUAUCUACAGAAAUAAAUAUAAAUGUACCAAAGUUAUAUAUUCAGGGUUUUUUAAUUGGAGGUUCAAAGUAAUACAACAAAUAAAACAUUGUUUUUCAAUUUGCAUGUUGCAAUUUUAAAGACAAAACAGAAUAAACAGCAUGUGCAGCAAUAAAGACACCCCUUGUUAAUACUGAGUUGCACACCCUUUGGCUGUGAUUACAGCCUUCAAACGUUUCUUGUAGCCAUCUAUAAGCUUCUUGCACAUCUCAGCUGGUAUUUUUUCCCCACUCUUCCCUUGCAGUUUGUUCAAGCUCUUGAAUGUUUGCAGGGUUCUUUUUCCCAAUGGCAGAUUUCAACUCACCCCAAAGAUUUUCGAUGGGAUUGAGGUCAGGACUCAUUGCUGCCCAUUUUAAAACAGUCCAUUUUUUCCUUUUAAACCAUUCCUGUGUGCUUUUGGACAUGUGCUUUGGGUCAUUGUCUUGCUGGAAUACCCAUGACCUUCGACUCAAACCAAGUUUUCUUACACUGGGUAGGACAUUUUGCUCUAAAAUCUCUUGAUAAUUCUCAGAUUUCAUGAUUCCUGUGAUACGGUCAAGUGCUCCAGUACCAGACGCAGCAAAGCAACCCCACAGCAUUAUGGAUCCUCCACCAUGCUUAACUGUUGGUAGGGUGUUCUUCUCCUUAUAAGCUUCAUUGCGCCGCCUGUAAACAAACUGUUGCUUUGCAUUGCCAAAAAGCUCUAUUUUUGUUUCAUCUGUCCACAGAACAUUUUCCCAGAAGGAUUGUGGUUUGUCAAGGUACUCUUUGGCAAAGAUCAGUUGUCCCUUUUUAUGUCUUUUCUUCAGCAAUGGUUUCUUCCUUGGCCUUCGCCUGUAAAGCUCUGCUUGGUUUAGUGUGCGGCGUAUGGUACUUGUUGAAACCAUGACCCCAGACUGUUCCAGGUUGACCUUCAGUUCUUUCGAUGUAUGCCUUGGUUCUUUUUCCACCAUUCGCACCAACCUUCGAAGACUUCUCUCGUCAAUUUUCCUCUUUCCUCCACGUCCAGGAAGGUUCUUGACAGUUCCAUGCUUGGCAAACUUCUUAAUAACAUUGCACACUGUUGAAACAGGGACACCAAGGUCUUUGGAGAUGGCCUUAUACCCUUUGGAAGUCUUGUGUUUGCUAAUAAUAGCACUUCUGAUGUCCUCACACAGCUCCUUUGCAUUCACCAUUGUAACAAAAGAACAUGGUCCAAGGUUUGGCUUUUUAAAACUCUGAAGUCAUCAUUCAUUGGCUAAUUCAUGUCACAUGGGCACUGAUAAUUUGUCACAGGUGAUUAUCCUUUGUGAUUUGCCACAGGUGAGUGAAAAUGUGUUUUCAUACUAAUUUAGUGUAAAGGGUGCCAAUACCAGUGUCACAGCAAGCUUAAGGUUUUUCCUGUUUUUCCCUCACAUUGUUUGUUGCUUUAAAUUGUUGUUCAUAAUUUUCUCUUUAGUUUUAAAUACGAGUGCUCUAUACAAAAAACUGUUUCAGUCGACUACUUUUUUUCAGGGGGAAUUUCCACAAUAUGUACUUAAACUUCAUGGGUGCCAAUAAUGAUGAGCAGGACUGUAUGUAUAUGGAUGGUCUCUUGAGUCAAAAGCAAUGAUUUAAUAAAAAACGUGCCAGUGCUGGACACUUGUCCACUCUUUUUCUGUAUAGUUUCUUCUAUGCAAAGGUCAAGACUAUGAUCAUGUAAAUUUACCUUUUAUGUAAUUCGUAGUGAGAAUUUUGUGCAACAUUUUCAUUUAAAGGGUUGCAGGAUGGCCAGGAAAUAGUUUUAAGUAGUGAGUUCAAAUGAAGCCUUGUAAUUGUAUAUAUUUGUUUGUAAAUGUAGUUUUGUUUUGGUUGUAUAUUCUGUCGUAUCUGUCUUGUCCAAGUGAUGCUGUUUGUCCAGAAAAUAAAAUUAUUUGAAUGAA